GGUAAUUUAUGGAGCCCAACCAUUGUCUCUCAACUUAGGAAGAAAGUUAGGUCUCGUUUACUUUGAAAAAGUUCUCUAUUGUCAUUUUCUUAAAUAUGUGUUCAUUUUGACUUGUUAAUAAGACGUAAGACUCUUGAAGUGCUAGCUACGGAUAAUGCAUUUAUGGAAAUAAGGCAUUUUCAUUGUUUCAAAACAAAAAAAAAAUCUAAAAACAAUGAAAAUGCCAAUAGGAAGUUUCACAGCAUUAUUUUAUCUCUUCCAAAAUCUUUAUUUUGGGAUCCAAGUCAUGGGGGGAUUGAGUGUUGUCUUUGCCGUUUUCUCUGCCAGGAAUUAAUGGAAGUUGUUGAUGAUGAUGAAAAUAGAGAACUUAAUAUUGAAGGAAACAGAGAGUAUGUUGUUGAUGAUGAUGAGAAUAGAGAACUUAAUAUUGAAGGGCAAGAACCAUACAUUGGAAUGGAAUUUGAUUCAAAUGGAAGUCAAGAACCAUACAUCAUCAAAACUAGUCGUCGUUCAAGGGUUUCUAGAGAAUUUGCAAAAGGGUUGUUGAGGAAGUUAACACGAUCACAUGCUUACGAAACUAGAAAUAUCUAAUCUAACAUAAUGCAACCCCCAUUUCCCACUCAAUACAAAUUAAAGAAGGUAAUUAAAUGCAACCACACAAGUUUAAAAUCAAGGACACAUCGCUUCUUCUCAUCCAAUACAGUUUUUAGUUUUCAUCCACACAAAAAAGUUGAG